AUGGACCGUUACAGAGCCCUCUCUCUAUUUCAGCCCCCCAACCUAAACGCCGCCAUCGGCGCGGUCAAUCAUGAGGGGCCAAGCAAGGGGCCAGCGCAUUUGUUCGGUGCCAUGCUUGGAAUCCCGCAUACAUCUAUGGCCCGAACAGUAGCUGUUCUAGGCUUUGAUUUCGUUUUCGUGGACACUCUGCAUGUGGCAACCAACCCAGAGAAUCUGGUUUCUAUCAUACAAACAAUCAAUUUCGCAAGCGAAGGCAAAACUUGUGCGCUUGUCCGUAUUCCAAGCCCUGACUCGGAUUUGUUAGCGUACGCUUUGGAUGCAGGCGCGGCUGGCAUAGUCUUUCCUCAGAUUGAUACACCUGAGCAAGCAGCGGCGGCCGUCUACAAGGUACGGCACGCCUAUGACGGCGGAAUGAGAUCGGUUUCCCCUAUUGCUUUGCUUGAUGGGAUAACCAAUCUUGCUCCAGAUGGCUGGACGUCGGAGAAAAUUGCCGACAGGAACAUCUCCGUUAUCUGUCAGAUCGAGAGCACUAUUGCCGUCGACAAUCUUGAUGCCAUCGCGGCGACCCCCGGCGUUAACGCGCUCAUGCUUGGGGUUUCUGACCUCAAGGUCACCCUUGGCCUUCCAGUCCGCAACCAUGAUGGACGAGUCGAUGAGUCCAGUUUCUAUGAGGCUGUAGAGAAACUGAUAGCUACAUCUAAGAGAACUGGGAUUCAGCUUAUGAUACCUGCCUUCAGGCUAACCCCUGAUGACGCGGACUGGCUGAGACAUUUCAAGCUGGUUAUGACUAGUGUAGAUGUUCUGUCUAUAAUGAAGAGUCAUCGGAAGGAUCUUGCUGAUGUAAAGAAGACUCUGGGGAUGACCAACGAGGUUACUAAUGGGGGAACUAACGGAAGACCUAACCGCAAAGUUAGCGGUAGAGCCAAUGGGGUAGCCACUGAAGUAGCCAGCAGGGUAUCCAUCGGAGUCUGA